CAGGUCGGCGACGAUGAGGAAGAGGCUGGGAUCGGCGAGCACCUGGAGCGCAAGUUUCGCGCGUACGAGCAGGAGUACGAGCGCUACAAGCGCGAGAUGGAGUGCAUCGCCGAGGCAACGCCGCACGUCGCGACGGCCGAGGAGGGCGCCGAGCACGACGUCGAGUCUGAGCAUCCCGACGACGACGACGAGAAGUACUCCUCCUCCUCGGAGGAGGGCUUCGCCGCUGAGACUCCCGAUGGUUCCGGCCACAUGUUGCUUCCUGGUGAACUAGGGAAGCGAGAGGAAGGCUUCGCGGCGACAACGGCGGAAAUUUCCGGACCGGGAGGGAGAGAGGAAAGGCCGCGGGAUAUCGCUGCACUCUUUGGCGCAGAACAGGAGAGUUGUGGGAUGCCCAUGCCAGGUGUCACGACCCCGGAUAUCGAACCCGUGGACAGCCUGGAGACAAUGAUGUACAGGGAAGCUGGGACCUACAAGGAUGAGGAUGCUGCAGAGAUGGUAACCGGGGAGGAUGUGACGUACAAAUCAGAAGAGAUGAAGGAGGAGGAAGAGGAAGUGAAGGAGGAGGAAGAGGAAGUGAAGGAGGAGGAAGAGGAAGUGAAGGAGGAUGAAGAGGAUGUGAAGCAGGAGGAA